AUGCAGGAGCAAGGCAUGUUGCAGCUGUCGAGAUUGACCGUAGAUUCGACACUUGAGGUAUUAUGAGUAAAUUUGUAGAUGGGUUUCAUAAUAAUUAACGGAUUCAUGUGGUCAAAAUUUAACCCAGCUGUGGUUAUAUCUUUAUAAAUGUUAAAUUCUUUAUCCAUGACGGUGAGCAUUGAUGGAAAAUACCAAAAGCAAUUCGAUUUCAUGUUGCAACAACCAUGUAUUUAGAUGUUAGCUGACUGUUCAGAGGGCAAAAUGAAAGUUUAUAAUGAAGAUAUCAUGAAGUUUAACAUUCCAGCAGCUUUUCCAAAUGUUGAAGGGGUGGAGUGGAAAAAGGAUUGUAAGUUUUGGUUUUCAAUUAUUUUCUUGUUCAUUUUAACUAACCUUACUUAUUAUUCUGGAAAAACUCUAUCAGUUUUAAACUGUUCUUCCUGGAGGCUCAUGCACUAUAAGCGCAACUCCGCUAUGGGUCCAGUUUUAGUAACAAACUUGUAUUGUUUAAUACACCCAGAAAGUACGUCAUUUUGGCUAUAGAGCCUCGUUUUCAUGUAUGUGACAUAUGUAAAGCCCAACAUCUCAAUCAAACGAGGCUCAAUAGCCAAGGUGAUCGACAUACACUCCGGAAGCAUGUAUUGGCAGAGUCAAACAAAUCAAAAAUUGCUUUUUACUAGAAAAAAUAUUUAUUUUGGUAUUCUAUAUCUUUUCUUCAAAAGAUUUGCCAAGUAGUCGUUUGGUUGGAAAUUUGCCAUUCAAUGUGUCAAUCCCGCUGCUUCUACAGUGGUUGCAAGCAAUCUCGUAACGGGCAGGUCCUUUUACCUUUGGUUGUGUGCCAAUGUCACUUGUGUUUCAAAAAGAAGUUGCGGAUGUAAGUUGGUGAUACAGGCUACACUAUACCUGAUAGCUUUCCAUAGCGGCGCGAAAAAGCACCUAUCCGAUACGGAAUGUACAACUUCCAGAAGCUGAGCAAAACAACAUCUCUCUGUUGCAAUAAUUCCUCUGAAAAUGGCGUUCCUAAAAGAUAUUCGGAUAGGUGUUUUUUCAUGUCGCUACAGAAAGCUAUGUGGUACAGUGGAAACCUGGCCACAAAGUUUACAAUCCCAGUUUACAAUCCCAGUUUACAAUCCCAGUUUACAAUCUCAGUUUACAAUCCCAGUUUACAAUCCCAGUUAAAUCCAGUUUACAAUCCCAGUUAAACCCAGUUUAGAUGAGAACUGAGCUGGAUGUUACAGUCAUAUAGUGUUGUUGCUGCCGUAGCGAGCGAGCGUGAAGCGAGCGAGCGAGGCAGCAUCCUAAUCUUUAUGUAUAUGUAUAUAUAUAUAUAUAAAGCAGAUGAAAUCUCGAUCGUUUCGGCAUAUUUCGGCCUACCACAAUGCACUGCUUCCGGGCCGGCAGGCUAUUCUUGCCUAAUGAACAGGCAUAAGGCAAACAAGCAAUGUGAUCAUCUUUCAUCUUUGGUUUUCUUUUAUGGAAAGCCCAUAGCUGGCGUAAGUGAUCAAACGGCAUUUUGUCGAUACGCAGUGGUUCGAGCGUUAUAUGCGGUGGUUUCGCUAUUAUACGCAGUGGUUCAAGCAUUAUACGUGGUGCUUUCGCCAUUAUACGCCGUGCGUUCGCCAUUAUACGCAGUGGUUCGAGCAUUACACGCGGUGCUUUCGUCAUUAUACGGGGUGCUUUUAACAUAAUUUCCAUAUUCUUUCCAUGUAUAUAAUCUCACGAUUGCUUAAUAAAUCUGGUAGGCCUAUGUGGCUGUGCUUUUUGCCUCUGGUCUGCAAUAACAAUGACAUGCUUUUAAAAAGGUUUAUUUAUAAAAAGGUGACUGCACUUUGUGAGUUCUCAUAUAUUAUCAUAUAGUGUUGAUUUAUUAGUAAUAAAUCUGUGUAUAUAACAUAGGUAUAUAAAUUAAUAUAACGUAGCGAAUGCGCGCCAAGUGAACAGAUUCCACAUGUGAGGUUGUCUUGUAUAUAUUUUUGCCUUCUUUGAUAAACACUACAGCCUACCCAAGUAUUUAAGUCAAGAUUUGGAACGAGUCCAGAAACGCGUAUUUGGAAUUAUUUAUCCCCAUUUGAAAUAUGAGGAAAUCACAGUCUACAUUACCUCUUGCCGCCAAGGCAUAACUCCAUCCACUACCUGAGAUCUAUUAGAUCUUUUGACGUUCCAGUUUGUAAAACCAAUCGGUUUAGUAAUAGUUUUAUUAUGGCAUCGAGUAGCAAAACUGAAUAGGUUUUACUCUUCAUUUACCUAUUUUAUAUUCUUAAUAACUUUUGCAUGCUUAUUAUAAACAGACACUUUUGACAAUUUAGUUAAUUAAUUAUAAUACUUUGAUAUAUUUCAAAACUCUAAUUUUUAAUAAUUUUUAAUUGUAAGUAUAAUACGCAAUUCAGCUCAUGGCUGCAAUGUAUUUACCAUUUCUAAAUAAAGUAUAAAGUAUAAAGUAAAGUAUAAACAGUGAGACGCACACUCACACAUGUUAAAUGUCACCUGCAUGUCAUUGUCAUUGCCCUUUAACCCCUGGUCUAAAUCAUAUGAUUAUUGAAGCGGGGCCGUUUUAACCUAGCACCGUAUUUGUAGGCAAAUUGUCUACAAUUUUAUAUACUAGAUAUCACAGCCUUACCUGCCAUUUUGAUCUUUUCCUCGCGUUAGAUAAGUUGAUAAGUACACUCAUUCUUGUUAGCCAUCGUACCUGUUCGGCUGUUCCUCUUUCGAUACGAAACUUCGAGCGCCGAGUUAUCAUACGGCACAUUCAAGUGUAUAAAUUAUGGAUGAUUCCAACGGACCAUUCCCCGAUUAAACAAAAUUUUGAACUCAACAAAUCUAGACUUUGCAAUUUUCAGUCAUUUUAGAUUACAAACGGGAGAUGGUUACCACUUCUGUGCGUAAUACAAAUUACAAAAUGACUGAAAAUUACAAACUUCGCAAAGCUAUGUUAUCCGCAUUUUACAACAUUUUGCAACGGAACUUUGGAAUAUUACUAAUUUUGUGAUGCUCUUUCAAGUUGUGAUGAAACUUUUGUUUAGGCUAGUUAAGAUCAAAAUUUUGGAAAAGUGGUAACCAUUUCCCGUUUGUAAUCUAAAAUGACUGGAAAUUGCAAAUUUCGCAAGGCUAUAUUAUCCGCAUUUUACAACAUUUCGCAAUGAAACUUUGGAAUAUUACUAAUUUUGCGAUGCUCUUUCAUGCUAUGAUGGAAUUUUGUCUAGACUUUGUUGAGAUCAAAAUUUUGGUUAAUUGGGGAAUGGUGAUUACAAAUAUUUCUUACUCUUAUUCUUUAAAAUAUUAAAGAUUUGGGAACAAUGCUAUACCAAGGCAGCAUUCACUACCCUGUGGGUAAACUAGUCUCUAGUCAAUAGAGAGGCAGCGAAGUACGAAGUACUUGACAAUUUUUGCCCGUCUGCACAUUAUCUUUGGUGUCACUACAUGUGCUUGCGUUUCUUCCCCCUAACCUGACAAAACAGCGAGACAUGAAACUAUAUCCCGUCUUUGUUCUUUUGCCUAAUUCAGAAUAAAGUUCACGAUGAAUCUUGUCAAAAUAUUCGACGCGCAGUUGAGACUGUGAAUUGCUUAUUUUCUUGGAUCUUUUAGAAUAUCGUUGCUGAACCAGGACAUCCCAAUUGUUCACGCUUGUCUGUCAUGACGCAUCAUCUCUGUGAAGUGAAGAGGGCGUAUCGCUUGCCUAGGACGGUGUUUGUCCCAGAACCCAAGGUAAUGAACCAUUUUGAUUAGUUAUUACAAAGAACAAAUCAAUUUCUUCUUUCCAUAGUCAAUUCACUCAGUUUCCCCUUCUUGUUUCCCAGGUAGAUGCAGCAUUGUUGCACAUAAUACCAUUACAAAAGCCAAAGAUCGACGCGCCGUUUGAUGUUGUCGAACAAGUUGUCAAAGCUUUAUUUUCCAUGAGAAGAAAGUUCAUUCGUUCUUCAUUAAAGUAAGAUGGUUUGAGACUACACUAUGACGCGCUAGUUAUUUCCAAUGGCAUGCAAUGAUCUAACAGCAUUUUUGGAAAGUCGAACAUCCAGCGUAGGUAGUCAGACUACACUACAAAGCUCCAAAAAUUGAGAGACCUUCAACUACAGUAACUUCCCGAUAAAGCACCUUCGCUCGAAACGUCCACGUUUUGUUUGUAUUUUUCAGGUAGUUGAACCCAAUUAACUCUGAUAAGAUUCAAUUAGUCUUAUUAGAGCUAGUUCACUAGUUGAAUCCCUCCCUGCAGUCCGUAGCUCUGCUAAACAUUUUAUAACUAUAUUUUUUGGAUGUCUAUUCCCGACUGAAGAACAUUUGGUCGAUGGUUUAUUGUCCUCGGCAGAGGUUGAUCCAACCCUGAGAGCAACUCAAGUUGAUAUGGCGGGCGUGCGGAGACUAUGCGAGGUAUUCCUGGAAAUGACAGAAAAUAUGAACUUAGAUCGUCUGCCUUUGAAAGUCAACAGACCAUCGCCUGUACCAUCAAUAUGAACAAUGACUAAACGUCGACCAAUCCACAAUACCAAACACUGUUUUCUGUCGGUGAUUCGUAGCCUGGGUCGCAGACG